AGAAAAGCAGGAACUGGAGAGAAUACUGCAGCUCCCUCUCAGAUUCAACACACACAUAUAUUCAGAUAAGCAGCAUCAGGAGGCUUUAAAGCACACACCCACCACAGCAGCAUCACUGUACUGCACCACAGAAGGGACCAACACACACACACACCCUUUAUCUCUGACUCUCAGUCUUUUGCUCUAGCUGUCUGCCUUGCUCCGUCUCACACACGUGCUGCAGGAAAGAUUUGAGCACAGGAUUGAACAGAUCCCCCUCCUCUCUCCCUUCUUCCUCUCCUUCCUCACUCUCUGUGUUCACCUUGCCUGCUCCAGCUACAUGGUAUAUUAUUGCAUCAGAGCCACAGAGAACCAGCGAGAAGCAUGCCAGGGGAGAGCACUCACAGAUCUGUCCCUGAAGACAAGCAUCAGGACCUGGGAAGCGGGGAUACAGGGCUUCCAGGACCAGGCAUGACAAGACAUCCAUCCACAGACUCCACUCCAAGUGACUCUGGCUCCUCUCCGAAUGACAGUGGAUCGAGCCCUUCUCCCAGUACUCCACAGAAGCUUCUCCCAGGAUCCACCUCUCCGUUUGGGCCACGACUAUUUAAUGUGAAGCCUAGCUCCUCUGGUACUCCAAGACCACAGCCCGAAGGGUCCGAUAAUCGAAUCAACCCAGCCAGACUGUCAGGAAAACUGGGUGGUCAUGGUCCAUGUGGCCGCCAUAUCCCUGUUAAGAUGGAAAGAAUAAAGGUCCUAACAGGAUCUGAGGUGGAAAGUGACUAUCCAGGGUCACGGACUAUCGACACCAGAGUGGUGAUGGGUGAAGAGACACGGCUCAAAACAACAGAAGUUCUCAAAGGCAGUAUCCCCACUGAGCUAAAAGCUCAAGCUAUCCCUAUGCCAUAUCUUCCAAGUUUUUCAUGUUCUCAGCUGGUAACUAAGGAGAUAAAAUCGGAAACCAACAACAAGGACAUCCAAUCACAAAUCCCCCAGAAACCAGAAGAUCAGGAAAAAGAACAUGUACAGGCCUCAGUUACAAACACUUCACCCUCCUCUCCGAAACCAAACACAACAGAUGAUGAAAUAACAGACAGUAAGGAAGACAAGGAGACUCUCUCUUUAGAUGAAGUGCCUUCGCUCCCUUCAGAAGCAUCUUGUCCAGUUGCUCUGUCCUUCACUGAGCCAAAUUGUCCUGUCGACCCCCUACGAGUUGGCAUUCCCUCAUCUCUUGACCCAGAACUUUACUAUACUGCUCCUUCCACUCCAAUUAAGAUGGCUACGUGCUGUUCGCACCUUAAACAUCAUUCCUACCCUGGUACCCCAGCCUCCCCUCUUUCUCCUGGUUCUCCAUCUGACAGUGAAGACCUCUGUUCCCCUCUUACCUCUCCAUCUGGCUCUUACAUCACAGCAGAGGGAGGCAGCUGGACAUCUUCUUAUACAUCUUCCACCUCCCCAUCCACUUCUCCCAACCUGCUCCUCACGGAAGAACCACAGGAGGCACCUGCUUGCUUUGUGAGCUCCUUGUCAGAAAUUGGGGAUGAGGUUGCGGAGGAGAAGGGGCGAUCGGGCCAAGAACGAGAGCAGGAAAGGACCAGGGACUUCAGCUUGUACCAUCCUGAGAAUUUUGCUAUGAAUUCAAGGAUAGGCAUAGCAGAUACAGUGAUUCCCGAGGAAGACGAGACUCCAAAAGGGGAGGAGGUCAAGACUUCCAGAGAGACUUGUCGUCCGUGUUGGGUGACUGAGAAUACCCCCCCUAUAAGAAGCAGUAGCAGCAGUGACUCACAGGACGAUGAAGGGGAGUCAGAAAGUUCUUUUUGUCCAUUAGAGGAGGCCCUUGUUAACAGAGCAGGGUACUCUAGACCCAUGCAGAGAGGCCUGAAACUAAAUUUGGAGGGAUGUUUAUCAGAAGAACAUUAUAGGCAGAUGGAGGCCAACCCAGAUAUUUCCCCCACUACCUGGAGCCCUGAUACAGAGAACAUGACUAUGGCAUCUUCCAGCUUCAGCCCUGACUCACUGCUCCUUCCCCUGGAUGCCUUCUGCCCUGGAGCCUUCGAUAGGCUUGGCCCGAGCUCCUUCAUUCUCUCCCAGGCUGCGUGUUCUGAUGAUAUACAAGAUGAGGAAGGGAUGAUACCUGCCUCCCUCAUCUCCAUUCCCCUUCACACUAGCCUAAUUUUUAAGGCUGACUCAAUGGAAAUCACUCUCUUCCCCACAGAAGAAGAAAACGAAAUAGAAGUCAAUAACAGAAAUGAAACAAAGGAUUCUGAUGCAUAUGCAGCAGGAGAGGAGGAGGCAGAUGUUGAGGAUGAUGAUGAUGAAGAUGAUGAAGAGGAUCAUGAUGGUUACAAUUACAAUAACGACAUUGUUGACUCCACACCAGAUGGUGACGAAGAGGAAAAAAAAAAUAAAGAUGGGGAUACAAACGUGCAGCAUGGGGCAGAUGAGGGAGCUAAAGUAGAGGUGAAAGUUAUGGAAGAAGAGGAGGCAGAAGAAGAAGAAGAGGAGGAGGAUCUAGAAGAGGAUGAUGAUAAUGAUGGGUGUGAUAACAAAUCUAUGGAAGGUGAGGCUGAGGAAAGCUCAGCGUCCUUUCUUCAUUCACUUUCAGAAACGUCAAUCAAUGAAGGGUUAGAUGAAUCGUUCUGCUUUCAAGAUGAUACAGAUGACUCUUUAGAUUCUGCCUCUUAUAAUGGGGAGGAAGAUGAACGUCUAUACAGCACUGAGAAGCAUGCACAAUCUCUAGAACCUCUACCAGCAGAUAGCUCAGAUUCAGCUGAAAUCCAGUCACAGACUGAACAGGUUCCUUUGCACACACAACUAAAUAUGGACCAGCAAGUGGAUACAUCUACCAGCCUGUCUGAAACCACUGUGGCUCACCCCAAAGGUAAUGGCUUGGAACCAACACCCCCGGAAGUGCCUCUGUGCCCUAAACACCAACCAGAUCCUGAUGUCAAAUCUGCCAUUAGAGAAGAUGAAACAAAAACCUCAGAUAAACCUUUGGAUAACCAGCAACCACUUCAACUUUCAGAAGUUAAUUCUUAUCAGUCUGCCUUCCCAACUGACCGUAAUGAGAGAGAAUGGGAAAGCCAGAUAGGUACUGGUGCUUUGGAGACUCAAGAUAAUCCCUGUUCUAAUCUGUUCACUAAUGCUGUUGCCAUUCAUGCAUCACCAGAUUCUUUACCAGAUUCUCUCAAUGUUUCUCAUUCUGCCACUUCUGUAGAGGAGAGAACAGAAGAUUUGGCUGUGGAAAAUCCUAAGGCGAAGGAUGUCUCUUUGAAACUACCUUGUGAUCAGACUGAACACACAAAAGAACCUGAAAGGGACUCUUUCAAAUUGCUCAUAAAGCCUCGUCAUGGCCACUCUGAAAGCCAAAGGACUGUUGGAGCAAGCAGGGUUGCACUAUCAAAGUCUUUCUGUGGUAAAUACGAUUCGCCUGUAGGAGGAAGCUCUGUCUGUAGGUCAGGUCCUUACAGGGACUCUGAUACUAAGCUUGACCAAAGCAUUGAGUAUGCUCCAGCUGAGUCUGGGAGUGUAGAGUCCAAAAUAAGUGAUUAUUUUCCACCACUGAAUAUUAUUACUCCUACCAAUGACCUAAAUAAAGGUGUUGUUCUACUGUCCUCUCCCAAAGACCCAAAUUCCAAUCCCAGUAAUAUCCCUGUUUCUACUUCUCCAGAAAUCAUUUCAGAACUUGGUGAUAACUUGGCCCUGACUCCUGAACACGGCCCUAAAGACUCUUCCUUGGAGAACCUAAGUGAAAACACUUUGAGUACAGAUGAUGGGGUACUAAGAGCUGUUGGAUACUUACACUCCCCUCUUGCAAUCUCUCCCAAAAGAGAAAAUUCAGAGACGGAUACAAGCAGAGAGAUGGCUCCUGAAUCUGGGGCAUGGUGUGAUGCCAGGGUGGGUCUGGGUUUUGGUCUGGGUUUUGGAUCAGGGUCUCAGUUUGGUGUUUGGGGAGCAGGUGAAUCACUGUCUUUGUCCCUGGGUAAGAGGUUUGAGUUAGAGGCAGAGAGUCUUCUCAUGUGUGAUACAGAAGGACAAAGGACCGAGACAACUUUGGUUUCUAAUAUGAGCAGCAAACUGUGUGAAAACUAUGACAAUGUUCUCGGUUCUAUUCUGGACGAGGAAGAUAACAACAGUCAGAAUGGUAAGAAUGACCAAACGUUGGAUAAAGAACUGGUUGAAGAGGGGAUCUCUGAAUCCAACUUAGGGUACUGGAAAUCUAUUGAAGAGAUUUCAGAAGCAGGUGGAGGAGAGGACGGAAGUGCCAGAUUUCCAGAGGACAUCAGUAAUUUGAAUCCAGACAAUGAUAACGAUAACAAGGAAACACAAAUACAAGACAAUUGGAAGACUUCGACUGAUUCUGCCUUUGAGUGCUUGGAUGAGGGCAUGUAUGGGAAUCUGAAUGCUCUGUCAGAUGAAAUGAGACACCAGACCAUCAGCGUGAUUAUCAAAGAAUCUGUGUCGAAUAUUCCACUUGAGGAGGUGCCAUUUCAGAUUUCUGACAGGACUCCUAAAGACGAACAGAAACCAACAGAGGAUCCAAUAAACCAAACACCAGAUGCAAAACAAACGUUAUUAAAGGAUAGUAUUUGUAUUGUCUCUGCUGAUACGAACACUGAUGGAACUGCAAAACCCGAAAACCCUGAUUCACCAUGUAAAGCCGAGUCAAGAUGUAAUACUACUCCAGAGCAUCAGUCAGUCUCUUUAGGGAGUCGUGGAUUUUCUUUGCCAGAGGGAUCAUUUGGGUCUUUUCCUCCAAAAUGCACAUCUAACAUUGCUAGACUGAGAAGCACUUGUAAAGACGGUACUGAGAUGUUACAGCAUCACAGGCACAACAAAAAAAAAUGUGAUGUCAGUCCUGAAAUUAACAGAACUAUGGAUGAACCACAGAGUAAAGAUGCCUUUUUAGGAAAGCAUGGUAUUGUUUAUAACUCAGGGGAGGAACUUGGAGAGGUCAAACAAAAACAAAGGGAUGAUGAAAAACAUAAGAUGGAUGAAGAUAAAAAAAAAUCCUCCUCUGCACUGGGUGACUCAGAUUACUUUGUGAGGCUCACACCUAAGGGUGAACUUUGCAAAGAUUCACAAACUGCCUCUACAAAAGGGAAGAAAGGGAAGCAGAAUAAACAUGGGGCAUCUCAGGCAGGCUUUCAUCCUGACAUUACCCCUGAGUCGGUCCAAGAUCCAAAGAAAGCUUAUGCUCUACCAAACACCACAGGAGAUGGAUGCUCAGAUGGGAUUUCAGACAUUAUUAAAACUAAGACAGACUACAAUGCUAACAACUCUUCAUCACCAGACCUUCAACAGAGGACAUCUGAGGGAGACAAAGUUGAAUCUGUUGCACAGAUGGAGGAGCAUAAAAGUGGCAGUCCUGAUGAAAAAAGUCAAAGACAAGGACAAUGUCAUUUAAACAGAAGUACAACAGAUGUAAUGAUAGCGAUAAACCACGACGUACACCAGAAACAAGAAGUACUUGAUAACAGACCACUAUCUAAUAGUCAGAGACAAAUUGCAGCGGACUUUAAUGACAACAACAUAGAUCCUGGCCCCAGCAAACUUCAGCAAAAUAUCAUAUCAUGCUCUCUUUCUCUGCAAUUCCCCCCUUCUUCAUUACCUUGUGCCUCAACAGAGUCACAGAAUGACCUUUCCACACCUGUUCAAGAAUCCCAAACUGUCCUCUCAACCCAGCAACGGUCCUCGCAGUCCAUGACUAAUCAGUGCACUGGUUCUGGAAUUCCCCCAAACAACAACCUCAAGCAGGUCACUGAUGUCUUUUUAACACCAUCAUCUAACACUGUCUCUUCAUCCCCAUUGCCUGCUGCCAUGCCGGUAGUCUUGUCCCAAGCUACCCAAGAAACUGGGAAUCUAGCCGCAGUACAUGUUCCAGAUUCCUCUUCCCAUCCCAAUUCACAGUCCACAGUCAACACUCAGUCCCAGAAACAGACAAAGGAAGGAUGUACUCGGUUCACCCAAGACAUUUUUAGAGGUACUAGUGUGAAUGAAGAAGAAUCGGACAGGAAAGAUGAGGGCGGACGGCUCCAGCAGGGUCACACGUCUAAGCCUAGGGGAGCUGGAGAAGACAGAAUUAGAUCACUGAAAAAUGAGUCUGGUCCAGCAGAUCAGCGAGAAAUCCAACCCUUCUCCAAUCGCCAACCAACCGGCACACAGUCAGACUGUUCAAUCAGCCAUAACCUCAACCUUUGUGAAGAGAUGGAUCUAUCAGUUAAAAACAACAGUUCCACUUUGGCUUCCUGUAAUGAAUCUGAGAGUGAAGGUUCGAUGCCUGAUCUGGAAGAGCUAGAGCCUCUGAGACCAUCAGAACCACUGUGUAUUUCCGCUGCAGAUGAUGGCUUGAACAGACCAAAACAGAGCCGCAGUGAGAAGAAGGCACGCAAGGCCAUGUCUAAACUGGGUCUGAAGCCAGUCCACGGUGUGACCAGAAUCACUAUCAGGAAGUCCAAAAGUAUCUUGUUUGUCAUCAGCAGACCAGAUGUUUUCAAAAGUCCUAUGUCUGACAUUUAUAUUGUUUUCGGAGAGGCAAAGAUUGAGGACUUAUCUCAGCAGGCUCACAAAGCAGCUGCAGAGAAAUUCAAGGUGCCUGUCUCACCCUCUCCAUUAGCUCCCCCUGCCCCACCAAGCCUCACCAUCAAAGAGGAGAGUGAAGAGGAGGAAGAGGAGGUGGAUGACGGAGGUCUGGAGCAGAGAGACAUUGAACUGGUGAUGGCUCAGGCCAAUGUGUCACGAGCCAAGGCCGUCCGCGCGCUCAAACACAACAAGAACGACAUUGUGAAUGCUAUCAUGGAGCUGACCAUGUGAGUGAAGACUGGUGACAAUUUGAUACCAAGCUCCCUUAUUCCUGCCUAUAAAGCCUAAAUACUGCAUACUCUUCUGUAUCGCUGCUGCUGUAUGUUGCAUCCCCAAUCUGCUAAAUAAAGUCUAAGACAAGUUCUGGCGUGGACUCUAACCAAA